CCCUUCCCCCUCCUCCCCCCUGUUUGCCUUCUUCUAGCUGUCCAUCCCUUUUCACCUCAUCCUUCUUUACAUUAUCUCCAUCAUCGUCUCUCCGUCUCCCCUCUCUGCUCUGCUCUCGCCACGAAGAGGAUGGUGACGAUGAUGAUGUGACAACGAGACUGACCAAUCAUCAGGCUUGAAGGGCGCACAAGGGGCGUGGCUACACCACUAGCUUGGGGGCUAAACAAGGAGUCAGAGGAGGAGGAGGAGGAGGAGAAAAGGGAGGCAGAGGACAAGGACCAUCUACACCGGCUGAAAAAAAAAAGGAGGAAAAGAGGAGGAGGAGGAGGGCGGGUGGAGGCUGUCACCUCUCAACGGGGGUUUAAUCCGUGCUGUCAUGGAGAAAUAUCGACCAAAGAGACCCACCACGCUAGCUCUUAUACCACAGCGAGCUGGCACCCAGGACACAAUAAACAACAACUCUUCGGGGAAGAAAGACAGCUGGAAGGGCUCCAGGUCUUCAUCCUCACACAUUACAGGGGCUCGAACACAAAGCGAUAGUCAACCAAAAGCAGAGGACAAAGUCAGACCUUGCACCCGCCGCCCUGCCCCGAAACCGCCAACCGGCAGCACAUCCAAUGGAAGAGCCAGCACUCAAGCUGCAGCUGGCGGCACACAUGUCCGUCCACGGGAAAGAGAGCCGCCAGGGGCCAUGCACACUAAGUCAUUCAUAGCGCCAAGCAGCCAACGGAGAGGGGGAGCAGUGGGAGGAGGCAGAGGAAGAGGAGAAGGGAGAAGCUUUGGGGACAUCAGAGGAAAGGAUGGAGCGACAUCAGCGAAGGAAGAAAGAAGGGGAGGAAGACUGUGUGAUGAGUCCAAAGGCAAGGAGAAAGAGAAAACCAUCAACUACAGACCUAAAGAAACAAAUCGACCAAAAAGCUCGGCGGCAGAUGGAAAAGGGAAACUAUGUGCUAAAGGGGAAAACAAAGGAGGGAAGGGGAAACUCAACCACUCACUGUCCAACCAGGUUUACUUAACAGCCAUGGUGGUCCCACGCACACCUGUAGCACCAAGAAAAGGGGACAAGACCAAGGUUCAAGGCCAAAACCAUGACAGGAAAAGUCGUUCCCAAUCCAGUAGUGAUGGGGGGUCCAACAGAAUGUCCCUCAGCUCAGACACAGAGGGACCCCCACCAGAACCCCUGCAUCCCCCUCUAUCUCAUCGAGCUAACCCUGACAUCAGAGAAGAAGAGGGUGAAGGAGCUCUAUUUUCCACUGGGAAAGACCAUGAGAGUCCAGAAUCUUUACCUGAAGGUGACACGAAGUCAGAGACAGACUGUAUCCAAUCAGAGGGGGACCCAAGAGGAGGAAAGGGUGAUAAUAAGAGUGAAACUGAGAGCACCAAAUCUGUUUGUCUGGGCGAUCCUGCAGCUCCUCAGACUAAACCAAAGAGCGAAGCGUCUGCGGCGUUAAAUUGUGACUCUAUUAAACCCACGCUGGUGGUUGACGAGCACGCUCAUUUGGAGCUGGUCAGCCUCAAGGACUGCUUGCACAGUAAGAGCGGACACAAUGAAGAUAGCGAUGCAGAGACCGUCUAUCAGUCAGCCAAUGAGGAGGAAGACCCGGAGUAUGAGGAGGAGAGGAAGAAAAAAGAGGACGCCAAAAAGCAAGGGUGCAGGAAAGAGGAAGAAAUGAGAAGAAAGGAGGAGAAGAUGAAAGAAGACUUGAGGAGGAGAAGGGAGGAGGAGGUGAAAAGAAGGAGGGAAGUGGUGACGAGGGUCUGCAAGCAUCCCAAGGCAAUAACAGCCAAAACAGCAGAGGAAGAGGAAUCUAAUGGAGGAAAAGCAAGCGCACCCAGAAGCAAGAAGUUUUUAAACCUGUUUUCUACUGACAAGGACUACAGUUCCACUGGUGCAGGCUCAUUUAGCAUGUUUUCCUGUGUGUUGGAUGGAGUGGAGAGGCAGCAGAGCCAUAAGGCUGCAUACAGGUUUGUCCCCCGCCAUGCUGAUGAGCUGUACCUGGAGACAGAUGACCCGGUCUUAAUUCUCAAGCAGUCUGAGGAUCUGUGGUGUCAGGGUUACAACAUGAGGACAGGGGCUACUGGAAUCUUCCCUGCUUUCUACGCCGUCAGGGUGGCCAAAAAUACUACCAAAGGGCAAAGGGAUGGUUGGAUUGAACAGUUCCUGGUGCGAUUCUUGGGUUCCGUUCAAGUUCCCAUCCAAAAAGGCAACAAUGUGUUGUGUGCUGCUAUGAGGAAGGUUGCAUACAACAGGCGGUUAGCAGCACAGCCUCCCACAGCCUGUGUGCUCGAGGUCAGUGUGAGGGGUGUGAAAAUCAGUGUCCAGGACCAGUGUCACUCUGCUCACAGGGGAGAACAGUGUUUCCAUUUCUUCCAUUUGAAGAACAUCUCCUUCUGUGGCUGCCAUCCAAAACACAGCAAGUAUUUUGGUUUCUUCACCAAACAUCCUGACCAACACCGCUUUGCCUGCCAUGUGAUGAUGGCAGAUACAAGUUUACAUCCUCUGGCUAAGUCAGUUGGGAAGGCCUUCCAGCAGUAUUACAAAGAACACAUUGGCUACUCUUGUCCUACUGAAGACAUCUUUAUUGAAUAGCUCACCUUUUUUCCUCGUUGUGACAGAAUGUGUUAACUAUUGAUGAUGUGCACGUCUCGGAGGUCUAUUUGGGUAGAUUCAUCAUCCAGGUCAGUGUAAUCUACAAAGGCUGAAUUGAAGGCAAUUGGAAUAGGUACUGGACAAGUACAACACACAUAACCGUUUGUUGCAUAGAUAGGAGUUUUGCAAACACAAAAUCUAAAUGCACUGCAAACCCUGCAACACCCUCAGACACGUAUGUCCUACACUCGAGAGAAUAUAGACAAAUCUAAAUGUGACACCGAACAAACUGCUCGAUUCUCACUUACCGUAUUUUUCUGACUAUAAGUCGCAGUUUUUUUCAUAGUUUGGUCGGGCUCCAGUGCGACUUAUAUAUGUUUUUUUCCUUCUUUAUUAUGCAUUUUCGGCAGGUGCGACUUAUAUUCCGGUGCGACUUAUACUCAGAAAAAUACGGUACUUUCUAUUUUCAAUUUAUCUUCCAAAUGUCAUAUAUUUUAGCCAGCAAACUAGCACAACUACCUUAAUCAAUGAUUAGAUUUGUAUUCCCGGUUACGUCACAUGUUUGCGGGGCAGAGUUCAUAUGACUUAAAGGACCCGUAGCGUCAAGAUGAUCAAAAUUUCACUACAAAGUCCUCUUUAUAUAUUUUUUGCCCCUGAAAAUGAAUCGGGAAGUAAUUUCCCAUAAUAUCAAUUAGUUUUUGAGUAAUGAGUACAUAACUAACUUUACUUGGAACGCCUGCUUUCCAUCGCCAGACUCGAUAUGCUGCCCCCUCUUGGUGUGACGUCAAUUACAAAACUGGAGCCCAUUUCCCCGCACUGACAGUGUGGAUAAAGUCAUAUACAAUUAUUAUUUUG